GAGCCGCUGCCGCCGCCUCGCAGCAAACAUUCGGCAGUUUUCGACCCAACAACUCGAGACUUGGUGGUCUUCGGGGGCGCGUUGGCCUCCGGCGGUUUUGCCAACGACGUGUGGCGGUUGAACCUGAAGGACAUGAAGUGGGCUCACUUUGAGCUCGAGGGAUCACCCCCAGGGCGGCAAGGCCAUUCGGCCGUGGUUGACCAAGAGAAAGGAUCCAUGAUCGUCUUUGGGGGACUGGGUUCUGGUUCUGGCCCUGGUCUCGAGUACUUCAAUGACGUCUGGGCCCUGGACCUGAAGACCAUGACGUGGGCUCAACUCGAGACAGAAGGGCCGCCUUCGGCACGGGAAGGCCACUCGGCAGUGGUCGACCAGGAGAAAGGAUCUAUGAUCCUCUUUGGGGGGGCUCAGGGCGGUAUGUCCGGACAUGCCAAUGACUUGUGGGCUCUCGACUUAAAGACUCUGAAGUGGGCCCAGCUGGAGCCAGAAGGGCCACCACCGGCGCGGAAUAGCCAUGCCGCAGUGAUCGAUCCCGAAAAUCAAUCGAUGAUCAUCUUUGGGGGGGUUAACUUGAACGAUCUUUGGAUGCUGGACUUGACGGCCAUGCAGUGGACCCAGCUUGAGGCUGAGGGUCCGCCGCCGCCGCGCUGCAACUCAGGGGUGUUCGACCAAGAGUCGCGAUCCCUA